AUGCCACCAACACUGGACAGUACUGACUGUGAUUUCUCACUUGGUGAGGAGGUGGCUUUUGGCCCCUGCACUCCGCAGCUGCAGAGCAGUAUGCUGGUGCAGGUUCCCCCACAGAACCUGUCUUCCCCUGAGCCAUGCUGGAGGGACCUGGCAGACCAGCACCAGAAAGCAUUGGGAGAUGCCGUGGAAGCAAAUAGCCAGCUGCAGGAGACCCUCACACAGAGGCAGGAAGAGCUGGGGACACUGCGGGAGAGCAACGUGCAGCUGAAGGAGCUGGCAAGUCAGGCCAGGCAGCUGGCCGCUGUCCUUGAUACGCUGAUGCUCCCGCAAAGCGCCGAAGGGACAGUCCCUCCUCCUCUUCCUCCUCUUCCUCCUCUUCCUCCUCUUCAUCCUUUACCUCCUCCUCCCGCCGCUGCUGCCGCCGCCGCAGCCCCGGCCGGGACCGGCCUGGAGGAUGCGGAGGGCGUGGACGCCAUACUGCGGGCCGUGUCGGAGAAGUGUCGCGCCGCCUUGCGAAGCCUGGGGGACAGGUCGGGGGGCAGCCCCGGGGGCAGCCCAGGAGGCAGCCCCACAGCCAAGCGCCCGCGGCCGGGCCCGCGCCUGCACGGCACCUUCCGCGGGCUGCGCACCGGCUGCGCCGCCCCGUGCCCGGUCGGCAGGGAGCUGGAGGGGGGCGGCAGCCUGCGGGCGGCGCUGGGGGAGGCGGGCGCCAUCCGCACCCUGGCCUUCCCGCAGGGAAACGCCUUCACUCUCCGCACCGCUGCCGGCGGGCACCGCUUCCGAUGGGUGCCGCGCUGA